AUGGACGCUCUUCCUGGCGCUGUAAUACAAGCCUUUGCGCACCUGUGGGGCCAGCAUCCUGAAGUAGCAGCCGGUAUCUACGCUGCAGGUGCUGUCGUUGCUGCUGUGCCGCAUUACAUACCAAACUUUGAGCAGGCCAAGGUUUGGUAUCAGAAACCCAUUCCUUCUACGAUUCGCGUUACAAAACCCGCCCAUACCACCGAAGACGCAGCCGACAUCGUGGAAUCGAUAGUUACCAAAGUUCGCCGUCCUACCGUUAUCACCGUCACAAAUUCUGUCUCACCCGCUUGCAACACAGCCCUCACUGUCGAACAGCAAGCCAAGGGUGAAGUUUUGGACACUUCCUCGUCUUCCGAAUCAAUCCAGGACACCUCUGAGUUUGCCACAGAAAGCUCUGCUCGUUCGACAGCGAGCAGCUCCUCGCAAAUCUCCUGGAAACCUAGUGCUCCGAGAGAUACAUUUCCGGAGGUAUCUAGCAAGAGUCCAGAGCGUUCACUAGCAAAGACUACGAGUACUUCUACUGAGAAGAGCAAUCCUGUUCAUGAGGUACCGUCAGUAUUGGGCACAAAUUCUUCCAAUGUUACAAACACAGGCUUUAAAGCCCGGAUGAGUAGGCUUCUACACGGCUCGCAAUCCUCCGCGGCAUCGAAAGAAUCGACCAUCAGCGAUACACCCAGAGACGUCACAUCGACCGGGUCCCCCACCGUUGGCAAGGUGCCUUCCUGGACCACGUCUCCAGUUGUGGUUGAACAAUUACCGGUUACCUCACAGUCGUUCAAUGAGAUCAUAGACUAUUCGUUUGAAACCAUUACCAUUCCGCAGAGAACGAAGACAGUUUCCAGUGCUCCCCUAUCUAGCACUGCAAGCAUUGAAACUGGUCUCAAAGAACAUAAGUCAGCCUUUACACAUUAUAGGCAACAUGCGGCUAGCAAAAGCACCCGGAGCACUAUCUCUAAGACAACAAAGCAUAAGCCAGCCUUUACACAUUACAGACAAAAGGCGGCUAGGAAAUCAUUCCAAGACUCGUCGUCAUGUAAGACACUUCCCAGUGCACCUGCGUCCAGCACCAAGGACAGCGCCGUUACGCCGAGAGAACGCAAGCCAGCCUUUACACCUUAUAGACAAAAGCCGGCUAGCAAACCACUUCGAGAUUCGCCGUCAUUCGCCAAAUCCCAACUCUCACGCUGGACUGACUUUGGACGAGCGAUUCAUGAGAAUUACGUCGCACAGCAAGCAGAUCAAAAGCCGACCGAGCCAUCCUACUACAGUAGCCCUAUCACUAUGGCGGAUAUCAUGGUGGGAUAUGUGCCAUCCAUUCUGUUCGCCGUAUGCGACCAUCUGUAUAAGGAUGACCCGGACAUUCAGGAAAUGGUGGCAUUUAUGGUGCGCAAUGCGUAUAUGUUUGUCGUUGGAUAUCUCGCCUACGCGGAAUUCCACUUGCCAACAUUGCCAUACUCCAAACCUGUAGCAUACGCACGCAGCAUCGGAUCCGUAUCCUACAACGUGUGGCAGAAAGCAGUAGCCAACUUCCUGGGAAAGCAGCAAGCCGAUCACUUCAUCAUAGACCGGGCGUUGUACGCCACCCUCGUCGGUAUCGCGAUUUAUUUCCUCCUUUUCGCCGGACGAAGGAUCCGCGAAGUUGUUCACCACGAAGAAGAUGAAAGCGAUUUAAGCGAGGAUGAAGACAUGUCUGAGACCCAGGAUCUGUCCGCCAGCGCGCCUGCUGUCAUCCCGCACAGGAAAGAGACGUUAAUUCGUUGUUGCAUCGCCUUCGGUGUUAUGAUAACUGUCAUAUGGCUCAGUGUCUACGUCCAGGACUUGGUUGUUAUCUUAGCCAGUGUACUAGCGGCACACUUCCUUUCCAUCUAUGACGAAGAGGCGCGCAACACCAUCUUCACCAUAUUGAACCUGGUGGUUGGCGGCUCAUACCGAUCGGUCAUCGCCGCGCGAACCUGGAUACGAUACUACGCUGCGGUUGCAGUAGUAGUAUACGUCGUCAUCCAUAUAGACCAGCCAUCUUUGUGCGCUGAUAGACUUUUCAGAGGCGGCGUUGCCCCACCUUUCAGUCAUUUUGCUGUCGUGCUCAAGCUUGUGGGCCUCUCCUAUAUCGACUCACUCGUGCACGGCAUCAUCGAAGUCUCUCGAAUCUCCAUAGCGAAACUCCGAGUUGUAAAAGCUUGGGCUAAGUACAAGUUCAUGCUAAUCGUCAGAGGUCGCGCUGUCUUCCCGUGGCACCCAGAGACUGUCGGUGAGGCUAUUCGCUGGGUGCUCGCGACAAUCAUGCUCGGUCCCCGGACAGUAUAUGGGUUGCUUCCAGUAUGGGUUGGCCCAGUCGUUGGGUUGUUCGUGCUCUGGGCAUUGACGCAUGCAUUCAUACCAUUGUUCCAGUCUCUUUUCACGGCGAUAUGGCACACCAUACAGCCUUGGACUGAAAGGACGUCGGGUGCAGCUGCUCAUACAGUUAAGGAGUUUACUACUAGCACUGCGUCCAUUCCAGCCCCAGUUAAGGAGUCGACUUCAUGGACUGCUGUAACCACGACAGCUUUACGGAAUUGGGUCACGCCUUCUCGCAAACUCAGUACAACUUCGCGGGAACGCGCAACGAGCUCUUAUGUGUACACUACUACCCCAACGAAAAGGGUUACGAGCUCUCGUAUACCCACUACCCUCUCGCCGGCAUGGGCUACCAAGUCCGUUAGGAAUGCUACCUCCAGUUUCAUCACAAACACCCAGAAAACGACUUCUUCAGCAUUCGGAAGGAUCUCGAUGAACCUGAGCUUGUUCUACAGAGCACAGAUCCAGCCGGUCGUAUCUGCCGUGGGUACACGCUGCCUCAGCAACUGGUGCCAAGGCCUAGCCUACCACUGGGUAUGGCGCGCGACGGCCAUCAUCGCAUUCACCAUUGUAUGCACCGUAGGCUGGACCAUAGCCGCUCAAGCAUAUCCCGCACAUAAGGUCCGGUCGUCGUUUACAUUCGCAGCUAGUUUCAUGAUGAUGUACGUCCUAGGCACAAACGGGGUCCUUGCUUGCACUCAGGACUAUGGCAUCAUCAUUGCAACUGUUCCUGUCAUACUUCUACUUCUAGCCUACUGGCGGCCGGAUCCGAUCAUGGCCCGGGACUUUCCUAAUGAACCGCUCCCUGACCUGCCGGAUGAAGUUGUGGCUCCUGGCUCUGCGCCACCAAGUCCUCCCGCAGCACAAAUCCCCGCCCCUACUAGUGGCGUCGCAGAGUCAGAGCCCACAAACCCCUCGAUUGAAGAACCUGAUACUCCCAACGAGCCUCCAGAUGCACAGCCAGAGCAAGCGCCUCCGCCACCCAGCGACAAUCAAGCAGUUGAUCUCUUGGAUGAGGACUUAUCAGGGCUGCCAGACGAGGUAGACGCGUUGCCCACUCAACAACAAGCUUCGCCCAUGCAAUCUCCUGUGGAAACGCCCGCGCAGGAGCAAUCGACUGGAAAUCCGGCUCAGGCUCAGGCUCAGGCUGAUACUGAGACGCCUACCGCAGAUGCAUGGACACAAACCGACGCACCUCUUUCUUGGCCGCUGCGCUGGAUGACUUGGCUCUUCGACAGUGAAGCGGCGCGCACAGCAAGAGAAAAUGCUAUUGAGGCCGCCAGGGCUGCUGCUGAGCAGGAGCACAAAGACUUCCUAGAGCAAUCUGGCCUGGGGAGCGGUGCAGAACACGAGGAGCCACAAUCGUCAAAUGCCGCCAGCGAAAGUCCAGCUGCUGAUUCUUCGAUGAUAUCUCAGCCUACAGAGACUGAGCAACAGCACCGGGCUACUGUUGAAACUGAGAAACCCGAGGAAGCAAUGGCAGCUAUCCCGUCAGAGACGACAACUGAAGCUAUUCCAGACCCUGCGGCUCAGGUACCAGCGAUACCGGUAGCUGCUGAUAGAUUAGCAUCUGUGCGUACCCUCACACCAGCUGCCGAGUUCAAACGUACUCCUCUGUUCGAGCCUACUCCUCCAACAACGACCACUCCCACGACCACAGCGUCUCUCCCGCCAGUGUUUCCUGCUCCUCCAGCUACGACUACUCCCUCAACUAUUGCUACUCCUGCGAUACCAGUCAUUUCCUCCGAUUCUCUGAUUGUACCUGCUCCCGUCACAACACCUACUGAUGUACCGAAGACUGCCACGGACACCACUGAGCCGGAGCCAACGCUUGACAUUACGUUUGAUCUUCCUACCAUCGUGGUCAACGCACCGGCCUCUGAGACGCAAGGAGAAUACACCCCCAUGACAUUUGUUCCCAUUGAGAUGACGGAACUCGCUACACCCGCCAAGCACACGCCCCUUAAGGACUCUGCGCAGCCCGUCAAUGAACCAGAUCACCAAGCCCCAGCUGCUGGUUCAGCGCAAGAUCAAGGAGAGGAUGAGGAGCAAGACCCUGAGCAUGAAGGUGUGGAAGAAAGCGAGGAAGACGAAGACGAAGACGAAGACGAAAGCGAAGACGAAGACGAAAGCGAAGAUGAGUUCGAUUUCGGUGGAAGUCCCACGAUAGGCACAUCAGUUCCGCUACAGCCAGCUAGUCCUAUAGAUGCCGAGAUUGCUGCAGCACUUGAGAGGCAACGCGAGGAGGUGCGAAGAGAGGCUGAGCAGAAGAAGGCCUUGACUCCUAUGGAGGUUGCUUCUGGUGGAGCACCCGCGUCUGGCGACGGCAACGGCGAUGGUAAAGAUGACAAUGAUUCGGGCAAUACGCCGAUACCCGCGGCCCCAUUGCAUGCCACUCCUGAACCCGACAAUGAACCUUCUUCGCCAACAGAUGUACCAAUGGGAGGCAUAGAAAACGACGCUCCAGCAGCUACGCCCACUACCAGUGUCACUGAGACUGUCCCCGACCUACUCUCGCAACCAGCUCCCAGCACAGUAAAUAGUCGUCCUUGGGCCCCAUUCAGCUCGCUUCCUUCCAGCAAGACCGAGCCGCCUAUGUUCACACAAGAGGAACUUGAUACGCAAUUCGCCCUUCCUGCCAUCUACAAUCGGCCUGCCGCUCGACCCACAGACCCAAGCCAUCCAGACUCCGCAGAACAGUGGCGUAACAGGCUGCUGGGAGGUCCUAGUAUGUUGACCAUGAUGAGACGAGAGCGUGAAGCCGCGGCUCGAAGGGCUGGUGGUGAAGGUGGAGAUGCGCCGCCUGGCCCUGGUGGUCCUUUCGGUGGAAACGGCGCCGGCGGUAGUGGAGGUGGAAGUGGUAGUGACGACACACCCUUUCCUUUCGAUCCACCGAGCGACGGUGGUGGCGCGAACCCUCCAUCGCCGUCGGGUUCAGCUGGCUCAGGACCUAUGGAGGGGAUCGACGAGGCUUCUUCGAGCGACGAGGGGCAGAACGGUGAGAGCGAUCCUCAUAGUCAUAACAAUGAUGACGGUCAGACUUUGAACAACCAAGCUGACACCAACGAUCAGAUGGAUAAUGGCAACGACGGUAACGAGGGUGAUGGCGACUCAUCCGCACAGCCUGGAGCUUCCAACCUCGCUGAUAUCCCCAUGACUACUACGCCCGCGGCCUUGGAUACGACUAUUACCGCCGACGACGACGACAGAGACGUUGAUAUGUCCGACCUAGUCAAUGUCGAUUUGGACGACACCAAUCUGGACGUUAUCAAUAUGGACAACAUCAACAUGGACAACAUCAAUAUGGACAACAUCAAUAUGGACAACAUCAAUAUGGACAACAUCAAUAUGGACAACAUCAAUAUGGACAAUAUCAAUCUGGAUAACAUCAACUUGGACGACAUCGAUUUCGACAAGAUCGCUAAAUCUAGCUUCAAUAAUGAGCAAACGCCAACCACCACCGCUGCUGACAUGAGGAGACAUCUGGUGCCUCUCGAGGGACUAGGACAACACAGCGAAAUGCCAACAAGUCUGUAUCUGUCUCCUGAGGAUGAGCAAUACGGUGAAAUGGCAGAACAAAACAUAUUCGCUGAUAUUGAUGCGUAUGAGGCGCAGAAUGGGCCUAUCAAGACUUCACCUCCCAUGUCUGAACCUCAACAGUACCCGACAGACGAGGAGAGUUUCGAUGAACUUCUCGGAAACGGCGGCGGUGAAUAUUCUUCGCCGAACCAGCAGCCAUCGGCCAUUGUUCCAGGGCCUCCUAAGGAUGCGCCAGAUGCGUUUGACCCAUUCUCAUUCUCAAACGUGAACUGGGGUGCCGCAUUUGGGGAUGCUACGCAAGCCGAAGAGGGUGAUAAUGUGUCACAUCAAGAAAUCAUUGGUGCCGCUGUUGAGGAUGCAUUAGGAGAAGAUCAGGAGCCGGCACGAGAAGAUCUAGCUCCACCGCCACCAAUCUACGGAGACGACUUCAACCUUGAAAACAACGAAGUUGCUGAAGACAACGAGGAACUCAUCGCCGGGCUUUCGAAUGUCGAUCUUAACGUUGACCAGACCGAAAACAAUGACAAGACACAAGUUUCGCCAGGUUUAGGAACUCAGCGAGUAUGGGAUAGUGACUUCAACAAAGCUCCGGAUAACGCUGAACACGAAUACAAACACCCAGAUGAGUUCACAAGCAUCAGACCGAGAACACGCUUAGUACAACUUUGGGAGGACCACAAGAUCGUGGAGAAUCCCGAACAUGCGGAAAAUCGAUCAGCUGGCAUGAAGUCGCUAGACGAACUGACUGGGCGACAAGGUCAAGUCUUCCGCGAAGUUCCCAUGGACACGUACGAAAUGCGAGGAGAAAGUCACGACGACUACAAGGAUGCACAGGAGCUGAUGUCAUGGUUUGAUCCAGAUGCUGAAGGUGCCGAACCUCGAGGUAAUCCCUCUCCGGCUGGUUCUGACGACAGUAGCGCGUUGUCAGGCGAAAUCGAUGACGAUGAACUGGAUGCGCUUGCCAAGGAAGUGGAAAAGGAUCAGUUGGAUGAAUUGAACAAAGCGUCCAAGAGAAGAGCUCGAGACAAUUCUGAUGACUCGGAUUCAGAGGUACCGGAGGAAACCCAAGAUAGCCCAGCGACGUCCCAGAAAGAAAGCUCAGGUGCACGAGCUAGUACUCCGAAGAAGGGUCGCUUUAGAGGUCCAGUCUCAUUUGAUACUGAGGAAGAAGCCCGUUUCGAGAAGAACGAUGUGGAAAAGGUGUUGGACCUUCCGAUAUUCCAGAAACUGAAGGAGGGCAACACCACAUCGCCAACCCCAUCGCCGACGCAACCAUCUCCGGUCGCUAGUUCUGGUCUUCCACCUCGCCCGACUACACAAAGGACACUCAACACGCCGUCAAUAUUCAGCUCGAGUCCCACAUCCCCAUCUUCGUAUUACAAGCCGCCACCGCCUUCACAUCUAGCAGGUGGUUUCGCACCGGGAGGUUACGCACGCUCGUAUAACCCAGUCACUCUGCACAAGAAGAACAGCACGUCUCCUUAUGGAGGUAUACCGACUCUCGGCAACCUUAGUACACCACGCGGUCAAAGUGGUAAUGCAACACCGCCCCAUCGGAGUCCAGGCUACCCAGCCAUGAAGCUGCCCGACGCUGCACUAUCGAAUGCAAGAAGCAUGCUCAAACCGGCAUCCGCCCGCUAUCGUGCACAGCCUACAGCAAGCACAUCGACUACAAACUCCCCGCUCGCCUCGCCCGCGUACAUGCCCGUGCAGUCUCCAGCGGGCAUGAAAUCCAAUAAUUCAUCGACUACUCCACCAGCCUACGACCCGACACAGCCUGCGGCGGGAUACACUCCAAAGUCAGCGUCAGACUUCCGGGCCCAGUUAUUACCUCUUUCUGGAUUGAGUGUACCACAGAAGCCAUUGCCACAGCUCAGUGCGAUAACACAUCCGAUUAGGCCCGAAGCGCAAGAUGAAGAUGCGGUUGGAGACCAGACCUCGCAAACUCCUGGAGGCGAUGACAACAAUGACUACGACAGCGAUGUUGACAGCAUCUACGGUCACGACUAA